CAGGGAUACUGCGCAUGUCCGAAACUGCCAAAUAUGAACGCUGCUCCAACAUACAAACAAACCAGUUUUUUUUUAGGUAUUGGGACAAUCAGCGACUUCUUCCAUAAGUCUGGAAUUAUCCGUGUUCAUUGACCGCUGGAACAGCUUCUGGAACGGUAAUGUGAGCUGGUCUGCGCAUGCCUGAAGUGCCUUGCUGCUGACGCCGUUCAACAUGGGAGUUGACAUGUUGAAUGUAUUGCUUGAUGCCAUUCACAGAGAUCUGUAUACCAACAGCUGGUAUGCUGUCUAUACUGUCCAAGGCCACUUUCUGCAGUGAUGUAAAAUCACACAUCAAACCUACAAUAGAAACUGUUCAAAUCAUUUGCAAAAGCAAGGUCAUUUUUGAAGGUCAUACAAUGUCUCUGGUUUGUAGCCUGUGAUGGUUUGUAGCCCUUGCCAGGCUUUGCCUUGUUAAACAGGUUUUCUAACUUGUUUCUGUAUGCUGCCUUGCACUCCUUCAUUUUGCUUUUGAGUUGCCCCCUUCCUCUUUACUGCCACUGGAUUUUAAACACUCCUUUGUGCAUAUAACCACUGACAACCAAACAUGUAAGCUGUCUGACUCAUGGUCUUAGGCAGUGGAUAGAGUUACUGAGAGCCAGUCAUGUCAGAGGGGAGAGACAUGGGUACACUCAAAGGAGCCGUUAGCCUUGUUCGGCACUUGGUCGUUGCAGGUGCUUUAGCAGUGAGAAAUGUCAAGCAAAACAAUGUUAUUUUUACAGAAACUCAUUCUUUCCUCCUCUCUACCCCUCACAUACAGUGAACAUCAUGGGCGGUUGAGAAACACACCCUUGACAUAUCUUUAGUGAGGAGCACAGAAGGCUAGUUAGACUAGGCUAUAUUCCAGACCAGACCCCUCAGCCGCAGUCCAGAAGCUAAUGCAGCCAUGGCUGAGGAGGACUAUGGCUGCUUUGUGGACUGGACCCAAAUGGGGGACAUGGCCAAGAGCAGUGGCACCUCCAAAUUGGACGUUAAGGACCACGUGGAGCUCAAAAAGCUGGCCAGGCAAGGUUACUGGUCCAAGAACCACAAGCUCCGUGCCCAGGUCUACCAGCAACUCAUUAAGGCAAUCCCCUGUCGAACCGUGACACCCGACGCCGAGGUCUACCGAGACCUCAUGGGCGACGACACAGGUAAAAAAGCCUUGUCCUCCAUCCCACUGCCAGACUUUGUGGAUGGCAGCGCUGUGCCGCACUACUGCCUCAUGGCAGACGCAGUGACCGCUGUCCACCGGGUCAUCUCCUGUCUGGAGGGACAGUUCCCGGACAUCUCGCACUGCCCGGCGCUGCCCGCGAUGACAGCCCUCCUGCUGCACUUCAGUGCCAACGAGGCGCAGUGCUUCGAGCACGUCAGCCGUCUGCUGGCCUGCAAUGAGCCGGGCCAACGCUUUGUAGACCAGACCUUCCUGGCCUAUGAGUCCAGCUUCAUGACCUUUGGCGACCUGGCCAACAAGUACUGCCCGGCAGCUCACAAGCUCAUAGUGGCUACAGCGCAGGACGUGGUGGCGGUGUACUCGGACUGGCAGCGCUGGGUGCUAGGUGACCUGCCCUUCAGCCACGUGGCAAGGGUCCUAGACGUCUUCCUGGUGGAAGGAUACAAGGUGUUGUACCGCGUUGCCCUGGCCCUGCUCAAGUUCUACCGCAAGCAGAAGGCCGGGGAUGGAACACAGCAAUCAGAGGGCCAAAAACAGGACUCUGUGGGGAUCAAGGCAGAGAUCCAGGCUUUCGUCAAGGCCAUCGGCUCCUACAUCACCCCGGACAAGCUGCUGGAGAAGGCCUUCUCUAUCCGCUUGUUCAGUCGCAAAGAGAUCACUCUCCUGCAGCUCACCAACGAGAAAUCGCUGCAGCAGAAGGGCAUCACUGUCAAACAGAAGAGGCGGACCGUGCAGCUGGCUCUGAACCCGGACACCUUCUCCUCGGAGGUAGUCAGCGCCAAGGAGAUGAAGGACAUCUGGUCGUGGAUCCCCGAGCGCGUCGCCCUAUGCGAACCGCAGCUCCUCUUCACCACCUCAACCCAUGGCUGUAGCCUCAACAGGUUCUACGCUCAUGUCGAAGGCUAUGAGCCCACUCUGCUACUCAUCCGGACCUGUAAAUCUGACGUAUGUGGAGCCUUCCUCUCUACAGAUUGGGAGGAGCGCAAGCGAGGCGGGAACAAACUCAGCUUCUUUGGGACCGGAGAAUGUUUCAUCUUCAGGCUGAAGCCGGAGAUGGAGAGGUAUGAGUGGGUGGUGAUCCGUCACCCGGAGCUAGCCUCCACCAUCAAGGCCCAGAGCAGUGAGGUCCCUGCCGAGGACGAGGCUCCCCCCGACAAGCAGAACUCGGACGGCAACCGCCUUCCCGUGGAGAGGCCAGCCGCUGACCCAUCUGAUCGCCUGUCGCCCUUCCUCUCAGCCCGACACUUCCAUCUCAACUCCAGGAACACCUCCAUGUUCAUGGCGGGCAACUUUGACUCCAUCAUAGUGGGGGGAGGCGAGGGCAACGCGCUGUACAUCGACAGUGAGCUAAACCACGGACGCACAGCCCGCUGCACCACCUUUGACAACCCACCGCUCUGCUCCACCGAGAGCUUCCAGGUGGCCCUGCUGGAGGUGUGGGGCUUCAAGGACACCAUGGCCUCAGAUAGAUAGAUAGAUAGAUAGAUAGAUAGACACACACACUCACAGUUUGAGAUACACACACACACAUCCCACCAAGGGCCUGAUGAAGCUACCUGCAGUAUCAGAACAAACCCCUUUCUGUCCAGCAAAUUCAUUUAUCCAUUGAAUAUAUCCACACAUUGAACUCUACAUAAAUGUGAAAUAUUUGUAUUUAUUCAUGUAAAACAAGUAUCUGAACGUAUUUUUAUUUGUGAUUCUUUUUGUACAGAUGUUUUAUUAUUGUAUUAGUAUUUUUGUUGACUCUCAUUGAGGGGUUUGAUGGCGAAAAGCAGCUCUGUUGUCUGGAAUGAUCAAAUGUCAUCCUUUUACACACUCAAGUAAUGUCAUUUCUGUGUUCACUUUAUACCCACCUCUGAAUUUGUGCAAUCUGGUUAUGCACCAAACCAACUGCCAAAAUGGUAUUCACUAUAUCGACAGGCAGUCUACCCAGCUGUCAGAACUCAGGUGAGAUGAAGACCAUAUCCACGUCCCUCAUUAUUUAGGUGCACAAUCUGUGGUAAAGCUAUCUGUGUAAGUAAUGCAGUAUUCAUCUGUCUCUCUCUUUCUCUAUCCGUCCUACAAACAAUAUCAUUCCAAAAAAUUGCAGAAUAUGUAUGUUCUUGUGCAGAGACUCAACUGUAUAUCAUUGAAUAUCUGUGUUGUAUUGAAGAAAGUCCCCCAGUGAAGUAUUGAUUGAAAAAUUACAGAUCAUUAUACAGUUGAAGUCUGAAGUUUACAUGCACCUUAGCCAAAAUUCCCUGUCUUAGGUCAAUUAGGAUCACCACUUUAUUUUAAGAAUGUGAAAUG